CUCCUUGUUUCACCAUUCCCUUCCCGCCAGCCAUAUCAGCCGGGUGGUGCAACAGUGCAACACCACCAGUACCCAUAUUGAGCUAGAGCUCGAGCUCUGCAUCCAGCCAUGGCGUCGUCCAAGGCCUUCACCAAGUCCCUCCUCCUCUACAACAAAAUCCUCCUCCGCCGCCUCAAAUCCCUCAUCAUCCGCACACCACCCCCUCCUCCGCCGCCGCCGAACCUGCUCCCGCCGGAGCCGGAGACGACGACGGAAACCGCCGCCGCCGCCACAACCACGGCCAUCUGCUCCGUGGAGGGCGGGCUUCUAAUGUCCCCCUCGACCUUCCCCUACUUCAUGCUCGUCGCCCUGGAAGCCGGUGGCCUCCUCCGCAGUCUCCUCCUGCUCCUCCUCUACCCGCUCCUCCGCCUCCUCCCCCAAACCCUCGCCACGAAAUCCAUGGUGUUAAUCAGCUUCGCGGGGGUACGGAAGGACGCCUUCCGGCUGGCCGGCCGCGCCGUCAUGCCCAAGCUCUUCCUCGACGACGUCAGCGCCGAGGUCUUCCAGCAGAUCACGGCCAUGGCGGGGGCAAGGAGGCAGGGGAGGAGGAGGUGCGUGUGCGUGAGCGGGAUGCCGAGGGCGAUGGUGGAGCCGUUCCUGAAGGAGUACCUCGGCGUCGACGAGGUGGUGGCGCCGGAGCUGAGGGAAAUGGGUGGCUAUUACCUUGGGGUUUUGGAGGAGGAGGGGAAGAUCAUGGAGGAUUUGGAUUUGGAGGAGGUGAUUUGGGGGAAGAAGGGUGGGCCGGGCCAAGGUGUUAUUGGGAUUGGGGGAGGAGUUGAGUUCUCGUAUGGCCGGCAGAUAUUUCAAAAGUAUUGCAAGGAGGUGUACGCGCCGCCGGAGUCGACCCGGCGGCGGCGAGGCGCGCUGCACCCUCGGCUGUACCCGAAGCCGCUCAUCUUCCACGACGGCCGCACGGCGUUCCGCCCGACCCCCGCCGCCACGCUCGCCAUGUUCCUCUGGCUCCCCCUUGGCGCCCCCCUCGCCGUCCUCCGCACCGCCGUCUUCCUUCUCCUCCCCUUCUCCCUCUCCGUCCCCUUCCUCGCCGCCCUCGGCAUGCACAACCGCAUGAUCCCCUCCUCUUCCUCUUCUCCGCCGGAGCCGGAGAAGAAGAAGAAGGAGGAGAAGAAGGGGAACCUGUUCGCGUGCAACCACCGGUCGCUGCUGGACCCGCUGUGCGUCUCCGCGGCGGCGGGGCGGGCGGACCUGGCGGCGGCGACCUACAGCAUCAGCCGCCUCUCGGAGCUGCUCUCCCCGAUCCCGACCUUCCGCCUCACACGGGACCGGGCCGCCGACCGGGCCGCGAUGCAGGCCCAGCUCUCCGCCAGCUCCGGGCGGCCCGGUGGGCUCGUGGUCUGCCCGGAGGGGACCACCUGCAGGGAGCCGUACGUGCUGCGGUUUAGCCCGCUGUUCGCCGAGCUGGACGGUGACGUGGUGCCCGUGGCGCUCCACCUGGCCGUGGACAUGUUCCACGGCACCACGGCGGGCGGGAGGAAGAUCCUCGACCCGCUGUACCUCCUCAUGAACCCCGUCCCGUCGUACCUCGUCCAGUUCCUAGACCCGGUCCAGUGCACCAUUAAGGAUGAUGAUGACGAUGGCGGCGUGGAUGCGCGCCACGUGGCGAACGAGGUGCAGCGGAGGGUCGCUGAGGCGCUUGGGUAUGAGCGUACCGGGUUGACCAGGAAGGACAAGUAUCUCAUCCUCGCCGGGAACGAUGGCGUCGUCGGUGUCAAGGAGAAGACUUGAAUUUUAAUCAAUACGGCAUACAAUGCUGACGAUAACUACUGCUCGCUCGUCAGGGGCUGUGUUGUUAAUCUUGUGUUACCAGAGGUGCUUUGUGGGAAAAGAUCACACUGUACUAUUCCUCUUUGACUUGAGAGAAUAUUAUGUGAAAUUCCUCAAAAAAAAGUAUUAUGUGAAAAGGGGUUUAAGUUUUGCA